GGUCAGCAUCAUCACCAGAAACUACUGGUUUGAUCAUGUGGGCGAUCUUGGCGUUGUUCGCGGUCCCUCUUUUCUUUGGGGGGACCAUGUCAUCAAUUGACACCGUUACUAGGAAAAAUGUGGACAACUUGACCUCUGAUGAGAUUCUUGCCCUGGAGCAAGCAAUGCACGACAUCCAAGAGGAUGAAGGCAGCAUGGGAUACCAGGCCAUUGCUGCCUAUCACGGCGCGCCAGCAGGCUGUGUUGACGGUCACGGCCGCAAGGUGGCGUGUUGUCUCCACGGUAUGCCCUCGUUUCCGUUGUGGCAUCGUCUGUACGUCGUGCAGAUGGAGCGGGCGUUGAUGAGGCAUAAGUCCACGGUGAGCAUCCCGUACUGGGACUGGACGCAGCAGCUGAGUCAUCUCCCAGAUCUGGUGUCCGACCCCUUGUAUGUGGACCCUGAAGGCGGAAAGGCCCAUGACAGCGCAUGGUAUCGUGGAAAUAUCAAGUUCGAGAACAAAAAAACUGCAAGAGCUGUUGACGACCGCCUAUUCGAGAACGUUGGACCAGGAGAGCAUACCCGACUGUUUGAAGGUAUUCUGGAUGCGCUUGAGCAGGACGAGUUCUGCAAAUUUGAGAUCCAGUUUGAGCUGGCGCACAACGCCAUCCAUUAUCUAGUCGGCGGUCGACACACGUACUCCAUGUCUCAUCUCGAGUACACAUCCUACGACCCCAUCUUCUUCCUCCAUCACUCCAACACAGACCGUAUCUUCGCCAUCUGGCAGCGUCUUCAGCAACUUAGAGGAAAGGACCCCAACUCCGCUGACUGUGCACACAACCUCAUCCACAAGUCAAUGGAACCAUUCCAUCGGGAGUCGAACCCGCUCGACCUUACCAGAGAAAACUCCAAACCAGUGGACACCUUUGAUUACGCUCACCUGGGCUACCAAUAUGAUGACUUGACCCUGAAUGGCAUGACACCCGAGGAACUCAACUCCUACCUGCAUGAACGAUCAGGCAAGGAGAGGGUCUUCGCAAGCUUCCGACUCUCAGGCUUUGGCGGCUCUGCAAACGUGGUUGUCUAUGCGUGCCGUCCUGCCAACGACGAUGUAGCUGUCGACCAGUGCAUCAAGGCCGGAGACUUCUUUGUAUUGGGCGGGCCCACCGAGAUGCCCUGGAGGUUUUACAGAGCGUUCCACUACGAUGUCACUGACGUCGUCUCCGAGAUCGACCACGACGGCCAUGGUCACUAUUAUGUGAAGGCAGCACUAUUUAGUGUAAAUGGAAGCGCUCUUCCAAGUGAUCUUCUGCCUCAACCCACUAUUGCACACAGGCCAGCCCGUGGACAUGUUGAUGAGCCCCCAGCACAUGUUUCCCAUGCCAACCUCGCCGUGAGGAAGGACAUCAACCAUCUGACACGUGAGGAGGUGUAUGAGCUUCGUAGAGCUAUGGAGAAAUUCCAGAAUGAUAAGUCAGUUGAUGGUUACCAGGCUACGGUGGAGUAUCAUGGCCUACCUGCUCGUUGCCCAUUCCCUGAGGCCAUAAACAGGAUCGCCUGUUGCAUCCAUGGCAUGGCAACAUUCCCCCACUGGCACAGACUGUUCGUUACCCAAGUCGAAGAUGCUUUGAUCAGACGAGGAUCUCCUAUUGGUGUUCCUUACUGGGAUUGGACUCAGCCCAUGGCUCAUCUCCCUGGCCUAGCUGACAAUGAGACCUAUCAAGAUCCAAUUAGUGGAGAAAGCAGACACAAUCCCUUCCACGAUGCCGCAGUUGCCUUUGAAAAUGGGCGCACAGAGCGUCACACUGAUGCUAGAUUGUUUGAACAACCCCACUUCGGCAAACAUACACGUCUUUUCGACAGUAUGGUUUAUGCCUUUGAGCAGGAUGACUUCUGUGAUUUUGAAGUUCAGUUUGAGAUGACCCAUAAUAAUAUUCACGCCUGGAUUGGUGGAGGUGAAAAGUAUUCCAUGUCCUCACUCCACUACACUGCCUUCGAUCCCAUCUUCUACCUUCAUCACUCAAACACUGACCGUCUCUGGGCAAUUUGGCAAGCAUUGCAGAUUAGAAGAAAUAGACCCUAUAAGGCACAUUGUGCUUGGUCUGAGGAACGUCAGCCCCUGAAACCAUUCGCUUUCAGUUCCCCACUAAACAACAAUGCAAAAACCUACAAAAACUCAAUUCCUACUAACGUAUAUGAUUACGAAGGAGUUCUUGGGUAUGCUUACGAUGACCUCAACUUCGGAGGCAUGGACUUGGGUGAGCUAGAAGAGUACAUUGACAAACAGAAGCAGACAGACAGGACUUAUGCUGGGUUCUUUUUGUCACAUAUUGGCACAUCAGCGAAUGUUGACAUCUAUAUAAACCAUGCAGGAGAAGAGUCCCAUGUAGGCACAUUUGCUGUCCUUGGCGGAGAGAAGGAAAUGAAAUGGGGAUUUGACCGUAUGUACAGAUAUGAGAUCACAGAUGAACUGAAGCAGCUUAAUAUUCACGCAUAUGAUGGUUUUGACAUCACUGUCAAAGUUACUGAUGUUGAUGGCACUGAACUAUCCUCUGACCUCAUCCCACCUGUGGCUCUUAUCUUCGAACACGGUCAAAUUGACCAUCAUGAUCAUCGCCAUGACACGAUCAUCAGGAAGAAUGUUGAUAAUCUUACACCCGAGGAAGUUAAUUCUCUCAGGAGGGCAAUGGGCGAGCUGCAGUCAGACAAAACUGCUGGUGGAUUCCAACAGAUUGCUGCUUUUCAUGGGGAGCCCAAAUGGUGCCCAAGUCCUGAUGCUGAAAAGAAGUUCUCCUGCUGUGUGCAUGGCAUGGCUGUCUUCCCUCACUGGCACAGACUGCUCACUGUGCAAGGCGAAAAUGCACUGAGGAAGCAUGGAUAUGUUGGAGCUCUUCCCUACUGGGACUGGAGUAGGCCCCUAUCACACCUCCCUGCUUUAGUUAGUGAUCCAAACUACACAGAUGCCAUAUCCAACACGGACACCCGGAACCCCUGGUUCAGCGGCCAUAUCGAUUCAGUCGGUGCAGACACAACAAGAAGCAUCCGUCAUGAACUGUAUGAAGCUCCUGGAUUUGGCCAUUACACCGGGGUUGCUAAGCAAGUGCUCUUGGCUUUGGAGCAGGACGACUUCUGUAACUUUGAAAUCCAGUUUGAGAUUGCUCACAAUUUCAUCCACGCUCUUGUUGGGGGAAGCGAUCCAUAUGGUAUGGCAUCACUCCGUUACACAACUUAUGAUCCACUUUUCUACCUCCAUCACUCUAACACUGACAGACUUUGGGCUAUAUGGCAAGCUCUUCAAAAGCACAGAGGAAAACCUUACAAUUCCGCCAACUGCGCUAUUGCCUCCAUGAGAAAACCUCUACAACCGUUCGGCCUUACUGAGGAGAUCAACCCAGAUGAUGAGACAAGACAACAUGCUGUUCCUUUCAGAGUCUUUGACUACAAGAACAACUUCAAGUAUGAAUAUGAUACCCUUGACUUCAAUGGACUCUCAAUUUCCCAGCUGGACCGUGAACUGUCACGGAGACAGUCUCAUGACAGAGUCUUCGCUGGAUUUUUGCUGCAUGGUAUCAAACAGUCUGCACUGGUGAAGUUCUUUAUCUGCCGAUCAGAUGAUGACUGUGACCACUAUGCUGGAGAGUUCUAUAUCCUUGGUGAUGAAGCUGAAAUGCCAUGGGGAUAUGAUCGUCUUUACAAAUAUGAGAUCACUGAACAACUUACAGCCCUGGAUCUACACAUUGGAGACAGAUUCUUCAUUAGAUACGAAGCGUUUGAUCUUCAUGCAAGCAGCCUUGGAAGCAACAUCUUCCCCAAACCAUCUGUCAUACAUGACACAGGGGCAGGUCACCAUCAGGCUGGCGAGUACACAGAGGUUGUAACUGCUGCAAGUCACAUCAGAAAGAAUUUGAAAGACCUAUCCGAGGGAGAAGUAGAGAGCUUAAGAUCUGCCUUCCUACAGCUUCAAAACGAUGGUGUCUAUGAAAAUAUUGCCAAGUUCCACGGCAAGCCUGGGUUGUGUGAUGACAAUGGUCGCAAAAUUGCUUGCUGCGUGCAUGGCAUGCCCACCUUUCCUCAGUGGCAUAGGCUAUAUGUGCUCCAGGUUGAGAAUGCUUUGCUAGAGAGAGGAUCCGCCGUGUCUGUGCCUUAUUGGGACUGGACUGAAGCAUUUGACAAACUUCCUUCUUUGAUUGCUGAUGCCACCUAUUUCAAUUCCCGCAAACAAUCGUUCGAUCCUAACCCAUUCUUCAGAGGUAAAAUCGGUUUUGAGAAUGCUGUAACAACACGCGAUCCUCAGCCUGAGCUGUACCAAAACAGAUACUAUUAUCAAAACGUCAUGUUGGCUCUGGAACAGGACAACUACUGCGACUUUGAGAUACAAUUUGAGAUGGUUCACAACGUUCUCCAUGCUUGGCUGGGUGGAAGAGCUACUUACUCAAUUUCUUCUCUCGACUAUUCAGCAUUUGACCCAGUAUUCUUCCUUCAUCAUGCAAACACUGACAGAUUGUGGGCAAUCUGGCAGGAGCUACAGAGGUACAGAAAGAAGCCAUACAAUGAAGCUGAUUGUGCCAUUAACCUGAUGCGUAAACCUCUGCGUCCUUUCGACAACCCUGACCUGAAUCAUGAUCCAAUGACCUUCAAAUACUCCAGACCAGCUGAUGGCUUUGACUAUCAGAACCAUUUCGGAUACAAGUAUGACAACCUUGAGUUCAAUCAUUUCAGUAUUCCAAGGCUCGAGGAAAUUAUUCAAAGAAGACAACAUAAAGAUCGUGUGUUUGCAGCGUUCCUCCUUCACAACAUUGGUACAUCUGCAACUGUCGAGAUUUUUGUUUGUGUGACAACCGACAGAGGUGAGCAAAACUGUGAAAACAAAGCUGGAUCAUUUGCUGUACUCGGGGGAGAAACAGAGAUGGCAUUCAAUUUUGACAGGCUCUACAAGUUUGAGAUAAGUGACACUGUUAAGGACCUUGGCCUGCAGCUGGACAGCCACGAUUUUGACCUUAACGUCAAGAUCCAGGGAGUGAAUGGAUCCUACCUUGAUGCCCACAUCCUGCCAGAGCCAUCCUUGAUUUUUGAACCCGGUUCAGGUUCUCAUCUGCGGGCAGAUGGCCAAAUGGAAGAGAUUCUUGUUAGAAAAGAAGUGAACAGUCUGACAGUCAGGGAGACUGCAUCUCUGAUCCAUGCUCUACGGAGUAUGCAGGAGGACCAUUCACCUGAUGGGUUUCAGGCCAUUGCUUCUUUCCAUGCCCUGCCACCACUCUGCCCUUCACCAUCUGCCGCCCACCGGUAUGCAUGCUGUGUCCAUGGUAUGGCUACAUUUCCCCAAUGGCACAGACUCUACACUGUACAGUUCCAGGAUGCAUUGAGAAGGCACGGAGCUAGGACAGGCGUACCUUAUUGGGAUUGGCUGCGACCCCAGAGUCAACUGCCAGAGCUUGUUACCAUGGAGACUUACCAUGAUCCCUGGAGUAAUAAAGACCUUCCAAAUCCUUUCUACAGAGCCAAUAUUGAGUUUGAAGGAGAAGGCAUUACAACCCAUAGACAAAUAACACCAGAGAAACUCUUUGUCAAAGGCGGGCACAUCUUUGAUAACUGGUUUUUCAAACAAGCCAUCCUAGCGCUAGAGCAGGAGAAUUACUGUGACUUUGAGAUUCAGUUUGAGAUUCUUCACAAUGGUGUUCACACCUGGGUUGGAGGCAAUGAAACAUACUCUCUUGGACAUCUUCAUUACGCAUCAUAUGACCCUCUCUUCUACCUCCACCACUCCCAGACAGACCGUAUCUGGGCAAUCUGGCAAGAACUCCAGAUACAGAGAGGUCUCUCAGGAGAUGAGGCUCACUGUGCCCUCGAGCAAAUGAGAGAACCACUGAAGCCUUUCAGCUUCGGCGCUCCUUACAACUUGAACCAACUAACCUAUGAUUUCUCCAGACCAGAAGAUACGUUUGACUACAAGAAGUUUGGUUAUGAGUAUGACAAUCUGGAAUUUCUGGGCAUGUCAAUUUCUGAACUGGAUCAAUACAUUAUUGAACAUCAAGAAGAUGAUAGAGUCCUUGCUGGAUUUUUGUUAAGUGGAUUUGGAGAUUCUGCAUCAGUAGAUUUCCAGGUAUGCAGACCUGACUCCACGUGUCAGGAUGCUGGGUACUUCACUGUUCUUGGUGGCAGUGCCGAGAUGGCGUGGACCUUUGACAGGCUGUUCAAAUAUGACAUUACUGAUACUCUAGAGAAAAUGCACCUUAGAUAUGAUGAUCCUUUCACAAUCUCUCACACUCUGACUGCCAACAAUGGAACAGUUCUAAGAAGUAGUCUGAUCCCAACACCAAGUGUCAUCUUCCAGCGUGGACACCGUGACAUAAAUACCAGAAGCAUGCCACCUAACCGUGUCCGCCAUGAGUUGACUCAUCUGUCCGCGAGGGAUCUGUCUAGUCUGAAAUCUGCCCUGAGAGACCUACAAAAUGAUGAUGGCCCCAAUGGCUACCAGGCGCUGGCAGCUUUCCACGGUCUACCAGCAGGUUGUCAUGAUAGUCAAGGACAUGAGAUUGCCUGCUGUAUUCAUGGAAUGCCAACGUUCCCCCAGUGGCACAGACUGUACACCCUGCAGAUGGAGCAGGCUCUCAGGCAGCAUGGAUCCUCCGUCGCCAUUCCCUACUGGGACUGGACAAAGCCUAUCUCCGAACUGCCCGAUCUGUUCACCAGCCCUGAGUAUUAUGAUCCAUGGCAUGAUGCUGUUGUAAACAACCCAUUCUCCAAAGGUUUUGUCAAAUUUGCAAAUACAUACACGGUCAGAGAUACCCAAGAUAUGCUGUUCGAUCUCGUUCAAAAUGGAGAAACAGUUCUCUUUGACCAAACUCUUCUUGUUCUUGAACAAACCGACUACUGUGAUUUUGAAGUACAAUUUGAGGUUCUCCAUAACGUCAUCCACUACCUCGUUGGAGGACGUCAGACUUACGCCUUGUCUUCUCUUCACUAUGCAUCAUACGACCCACUCUUCUUUAUACACCACUCCUUUGUGGAUAAGAUUUGGGUUGUUUGGCAAGCUCUUCAAAAGAGGAGGAAACUUCCAUACAAGCGAGCUGACUGCGCUGUUAACCUCAUGACGAAACCAAUGAGGCCAUUUGACUCCGAUAUGAAUCAUAACAUCUUUACCAAGAUACAUGCAGUUCCAAACACACUCUAUGACUACGAGAAGCUGUAUUACAGCUACGAUAACCUCGAACUAGGUGGAAGGAAUCUAGACCAGCUGCAGGCUGAAAUUGAUAGAAGGAGAAGCAACCCUCGAGUUUUUGCUGGUUUCUUGCUCCAUGGAAUCGGAACUUCUGCUGAUGUCCGGUUCUGGAUCUGUAGAAACGAAAAUGACUGCCACAGGGCUGGAAUAAUCUUCAUCUUGGGUGGAGCCAAGGAAAUGCCAUGGUCCUUUGACAGAAACUUCAAGUUCGAUAUCACCAAUGUCCUCAAGAAAGCCAACAUCGACCCAGAGGAAGUGUUUGAUGCAGAAGAACCAUUUUAUAUCAAGGUUGAAAUCCAUGCUGUCAACAAGACUAUGAUACCAUCAUCUGUAAUCCCAGCCCCAACCAUUAUCUACUCAGCUGGGGAAGGACACGCAGUUGACAGUGCCCAGUCUGCUAACAUCGCUGGCUCUGGAGUAAGGAAGGAUGUCACAACCCUCACUGUAUCUGAGACUGAGAACCUGAGACACGCCCUUCAAGCUGUCAUCGAUGACAGUGGUCCCAAUGGUUACCAAGCUAUAGCAUCUUUCCACGGAAGUCCUGCAAUGUGCGAGAUGAACGGUCACAAGGUUGCGUGCUGUGCUCACGGUAUGGCUUCUUUCCCCCACUGGCAUAGACUGUAUGUGAAACAGAUGGAGGAUGCUCUGGCUGCUCACGGAUCCCAUAUCGGAAUCCCAUACUGGGACUGGACAACUGCCUUCACGGAAUUACCCGCCCUUGUCACAGACUCAAAUAACAAUCCCUUCCACGAUGGACACAUUGAUCAUCUAGGAGUAACCACAUCCCGUUCUCCAAGAGACUUGCUGUUUAACGAUCCAGAACAGGGAUCGGAGUCCUUUUUCUACAGACAAGUCCUCCUGGCUUUGGAACAGACCGACUACUGCCAGUUUGAGGUCCAGUUUGAGCUGACCCACAACGCUAUUCACUCAUGGACAGGUGGACGUAGUCCUUAUGGAAUGUCUACUCUGGAGUUCACUGCCUACGAUCCUCUCUUUUGGCUUCACCACUCCAACACCGACAGAAUCUGGGCUGUCUGGCAAGCACUACAGAAAUACAGAGGUCUCCCGUACAACGAAGCACACUGCGAAAUCCAGGUUCUGAAACAGCCUUUGAGACCCUUCAGCGAUGCCAUCAACCACAAUCCUAUCACAAAGGCUAAUGCCAGGGCUAUCGAUUCAUUUGAUUAUGAGAGGUUUAACUAUCAGUACGACACUCUUAGCUUCCAUGGUCAUAGCAUCCCUGAACUGAAUGACCUUCUUGAAGCAAGGAAGAGAGAAGAGAGGACAUUUGCUGCCUUCCUUCUCCGUGGAAUCAAAUGCAGUGCUGAUGUUGUCUUUGACAUCUGCCGACCCAAUGGUGACUGUGUCUUUGCAGGAACAUUUGCAGUCCUUGGAGGCGAACUGGAAAUGCCCUGGUCCUUCGACAGACUGUUCCGCUAUGAUAUCACCAAAGUCAUGAAUCAGCUUCAUCUCCAAUAUGAUUCAGAUUUCAGUUUGAAGGUGAAGCUUGUCGCCACCAAUGGCACUGAGCUUUCAUCGGACCUCCUCAAGCCACCAACUAUUGAACAUGACCGUGGAAUGUCUAGAGGACCAGUUGAAGAAACAGAAGUCACCCACCAACAUACAGAUGGCCAUGUACACUACCAUCGUAAGGAGGUCGACUCUCUGUCCCUUGAUGAAGCCAACAACUUGAAGAAUGCUCUCUACAAGCUACAGAACGAUCGCAGCCUCAGCGGAUAUGAAGCAAUCUCUGGUUACCACGGAUAUCCAAGUCUUUGUCCUGCAGAAGGAGAUGACAAAUACCCAUGCUGUGUCCACGGCAUGGCCAUCUUCCCCCACUGGCACAGACUCCUAACGAUCCAACUGGAGAGAGCUCUCAAGAGCCAAGGUGCACUCCUUGGUGUACCUUACUGGGACUGGACCAAGGACCUGUCUACUCUGCCAGCAUUCUUCUCCGACGCCAGCAACAACAAUCCCUUCUACAAGUACCACAUUACAGGUGUUGGACAUGACACCGUAAGAGAGCCAAAUGAUCUUCUGUUUAACCAGCCCAAGUUCCAUGGUUACGAUUACCUUUAUUACCUAGCUUUGACCACACUGGAAGAAAAUAACUACUGUGACUUUGAGGUUCAAUACGAGAUUCUCCACAACGCUGUCCACUCUUGGUUAGGUGGAACCCAGAAGUAUUCAAUGUCCACCCUGGAAUACUCUGCCUUUGACCCUGUCUUCAUGAUCCUUCACUCAGGUCUCGACAGGCUCUGGAUAAUCUGGCAGGAGCUUCAGAAGCUGAGGAGGAAGCCAUACAACUUUGCUAACUGUGCCCGUCACAUGAUGGAUGAACCACUCGCCCCCUUCAGCUAUCCUUCUGUCAACCAGGACGAGUUCACUCGUGCCAACUCCAAACCUUCUACAGUCUUUGACAGCCAUAAAUUCGGCUACCAUUACGACAACCUGAAUGUCAGAGGUCACAACAUUCAAGAACUCAACACAAUCAUCAACAAUUUGAGAAACACAGCCAGAAUCUAUGCAGGAUUUGUUCUGUCCGGCAUCGAGACGUCUGCUAGUGUGAAAAUCUACCUCCGGACCAAUGGCAAAGAUGAAGAAGUUGGAACUUUUACUGUCCUGGGAGGAGAAAGAGAGAUGCCAUGGGCCUAUGAGAGAGUGUUCAAGUACGACAUCACAGAGGUUGCGGAACGACUCGGAUUAGGCUAUGGGGACACCUUUAACUUCCGACUGGAGAUCACAUCCUACGAUGGAGUGGAGAUCACAAAGACCCUACCCAAUCCUUUCAUCAUCUACAGACCUGCCAGUCAUGAUUACGAUGUCCUGGUCAUCCCCGUAGGAAGCAACCUCCACAUCCCCCCUAAGGUCGUUGUCAAAAGAGGCACACGGAUCGAGUUCCACCCAGUCGAUGAAUCAGUUAGCAAACCAGUUGUGGAUCUUGGAAGCUACACCGCGCUCUUCAACUGUGUGGUACCACCCUUCACAUACCACGGAUUCGAAUUGAACCACGUCUAUUCUGUCAAACCUGGUGACUACUAUGUAACUGGACCCACAAGGGAGCUAUGCCAGAAUGCAGAUGUCAGGAUUCAUAUUCAUGUUGAGGAUGAGUACUCUCAGUCUGAGAGGUCAGCAUCAUCACCAGAAACUACUGGUUUGAUCAUGUGGGCGAUCUUUGCGUUGUUUGUGGUCCCUCUUUUCUUUGGGGGGACCCUGUCAUCAAUUGACACCGUUACUAGGAAAAAUGUGGACAACUUGACCUCUGAUGAGAUUCUUGCCCUGGAGCAAGCAAUGCACGACAUCCAAGGGGAUGAAGGCAGCAUGGGAUACCAAGCCAUUGCUGCCUAUCACGGCGCGCCAGCAGGCUGUGUUGACGGUCACGGCCGCAAGGUGGCGUGUUGUCUCCACGGUAUGCCCUCGUUUCCGUUGUGGCAUCGUCUGUACGUCGUGCAGAUGGAGCGGGCGUUGAUGAGGCAUAAGUCCACGGUGAGCAUCCCGUACUGGGACUGGACGCAGCAGCUGACUCAUCUCCCUGAUCUGGUGUCCGACCCCUUGUAUGUGGACCCUGAAGGCGGAAAGGCCCAUGACAGCGCAUGGUAUCGUGGAAAUAUCAAGUUCGAGAACAAAAAAACUGCAAGAGCUGUUGACGACCGCCUAUUCGAGAACGUUGGACCAGGAGAGCAUACCCGACUCUUUGAAGGUAUUCUGGAUGCGCUUGAGCAGGACGAGUUCUGCAAAUUUGAGAUCCAGUUUGAGCUUGCGCACAACGCCAUCCAUUAUCUAGUCGGCGGUCGACACACGUACUCCAUGUCUCAUCUGGAGUACACAUCCUACGACCCCAUCUUCUUCCUCCAUCACUCCAACACAGACCGUAUCUUCGCCAUCUGGCAGCGUCUUCAGCAACUUAGAGGAAAGGACCCCAACUCCGCUGACUGUGCACACAACCUCAUCCACAAGUCAAUGGAACCAUUCCAUCGGGAAUCGAACCCGCUCGACCUUACCAGAGAAAACUCCAAACCAGUGGACACCUUUGAUUACGCUCACCUGGGCUACCAAUAUGAUGACUUGACCCUGAAUGGCAUGACACCCGAGGAACUCAACUCCUACCUGCAUGAACGAUCAGGCAAGGAGAGGGUCUUCGCAAGCUUCCGACUCUCAGGCUUUGGCGGCUCUGCAAACGUGGUUGUCUAUGCGUGCCGUCCUGCCCACGACGAGGUAGCUGUCGACCAGUGCAUCAAGGCCGGAGACUUCUUUGUAUUGGGCGGGCCCACCGAGAUGCCCUGGAGGUUUUACAGAGCGUUCCACUACGAUGUCACUGACGUCGUCUCCGAGAUCGACCACGACGGCCAUGGUCACUAUUAUGUGAAGGCAGCAUUAUUUAGUGUAAAUGGAAGCGCUCUUCCAAGUGAUCUUCUGCCUCAACCCACUAUUGCACACAGGCCAGCCCGUGGACAUAUUGAUGAGCCCCCAGCACAUGUUUCCCAUGCCAACCUCGCCGUGAGGAAGGACAUCAACCAUCUGACACGUGAGGAGGUGUAUGAGCUUCGUAGAGCUAUGGAGAAAUUCCAGAAUGAUAAGUCAGUUGAUGGUUACCAGGCUACGGUGGAGUAUCAUGGCCUACCUGCUCGCUGCCCAUUCCCUGAGGCCAUAAACAGGAUCGCCUGUUGCAUCCAUGGCAUGGCAACAUUCCCCCACUGGCACAGACUGUUCGUUACCCAAGUCGAAGAUGCUUUGAUCAGACGAGGAUCUCCUAUUGGUGUUCCUUACUGGGAUUGGACUCAGCCCAUGGCUCAUCUCCCUGGCCUAGCUGACAAUGAGACCUAUCAAGAUCCCAUUAGUGGAGAAAGCAGACACAAUCCCUUCCACGAUGCCGCAGUUGCCUUUGAAAAUGGGCGCACAGAGCGUCACACUGAUGCUAGAUUGUUUGAACAACCCCACUUCGGCAAACAUACACGUCUUUUCGACAGUAUGGUUUAUGCCUUUGAGCAGGAUGACUUCUGUGAUUUUGAAGUUCAGUUUGAGAUGACCCAUAAUAAUAUUCACGCCUGGAUUGGUGGAGGUGAAAAGUAUUCCAUGUCCUCACUCCACUACACCGCCUUCGAUCCCAUCUUCUACCUUCAUCACUCAAACACUGACCGUCUCUGGGCAAUCUGGCAAGCAUUGCAGAUUAGAAGAAAUAGACCCUAUAAGGCACACUGUGCUUGGUCUGAGGAACGUCAGCCCCUAAAACCAUUCGCUUUCAGUUCCCCACUAAACAACAAUGCAAAAACCUACAAAAACUCAAUUCCUACUAACGUAUAUGAUUACGAAGGAGUUCUUGGGUAUGCUUACGAUGACCUCAACUUCGGAGGCAUGGACUUGGGUGAGCUAGAAGAGUACAUUGACAAACAGAAGCAGACAGACAGGACUUAUGCUGGGUUCUUUUUGUCACAUAUUGGCACAUCAGCGAAUGUUGACAUCUAUAUAAACCAUGCAGGAGAAGAAUCCCAUGUAGGCACAUUUGCUGUCCUUGGCGGAGAGAAGGAAAUGAAAUGGGGAUUUGACCGUAUGUACAGAUAUGAGAUCACAGAUGAACUGAAGCAGCUUAAUAUUCACGCAUAUGAUGGUUUUGACAUCACUGUCAAAGUUACUGAUGUUGAUGGCACUGAACUAUCCUCUGACCUCAUCCCACCUGUGGCUCUUAUCUUCGAACACAGUCAAAUUGACCAUCAUGAUCAUCGCCAUGACACGAUCAUUAGGAAGAAUGUUGAUAAUCUUACACCCGAGGAAGUUAAUUCUCUCAGGAGGGCAAUGGGCGAGCUGCAGUCAGACAAAACUGCUGGCGGAUUCCAACAGAUUGCUGCUUUUCAUGGGGAGCCUAAAUGGUGCCCAAGUCCUGAUGCUGAAAAGAAGUUCUCCUGCUGUGUGCAUGGCAUGGCUGUCUUCCCUCACUGGCACAGACUGCUCACUGUGCAAGGCGAAAAUGCACUGAGGAAGCAUGGAUAUGUUGGAGCUCUUCCCUACUGGGACUGGAGUAGGCCCCUAUCACACCUCCCUGCUUUAGUUAGUGAUCCAAACUACACAGAUGCCAUAUCCAACACGGACACCCGGAACCCCUGGUUCAGUGGCCAUAUCGAUUCAGUCGGUGCAGACACAACAAGAAGCAUCCGUCAUGAACUGUAUGAAGCUCCUGGAUUUGGCCAUUACACCGGGGCUGCUAAGCAAGUGCUCUUGGCUUUGGAGCAGGACGACUUCUGCAACUUUGAAAUCCAGUUUGAGAUUGCUCACAAUUUCAUCCACGCUCUUGUUGGGGGAAGCGAUCCAUAUGGUAUGGCAUCACUCCGUUACACAACUUAUGAUCCACUUUUCUACCUCCAUCACUCUAACACUGACAGACUUUGGGCUAUAUGGCAAGCUCUUCAAAAGCACAGAGGAAAACCUUACAAUUCCGCCAACUGCGCUAUUGCCUCCAUGAGAAAACCUCUACAACCGUUCGGCCUUACUGAGGAGAUCAACCCGGAUGAUGAGACAAGACAACAUGCUGUUCCUUUCAGAGUCUUUGACUACAAGAACAACUUCAAGUAUGAAUAUGAUACCCUUGACUUCAAUGGACUCUCAAUUUCCCAGCUGGACCGUGAACUGUCACGGAGACAGUCUCAUGACAGAGUCUUCGCUGGAUUUUUGCUGCAUGGUAUCAAACAGUCUGCACUGGUGAAGUUCUUUAUCUGCCGAUCAGAUGAUGACUGUGACCACUAUGCUGGAGAGUUCUAUAUCCUUGGUGAUGAAGCUGAAAUGCCAUGGGGAUAUGAUCGUCUUUACAAAUAUGAGAUCACUGAACAACUUACAGCCCUGGAUCUACACAUUGGAGACAGAUUCUUCAUUAGAUACGAAGCGUUUGAUCUUCAUGCAAGCAGCCUUGGAAGCAACAUCUUCCCCAAACCAUCUGUCAUACAUGACACAGGGGCAGGUCACCAUCAGGCUGGCGAGUACAUAGAGGUUGUAACUGCUGCAAGUCACAUCAGAAAGAAUUUGAAAGACCUAUCCGAGGGAGAAGUAGAGAGCUUAAGAUCUGCCUUCCUACAGCUUCAAAACGAUGGUGUCUAUGAAAAUAUUGCCAAGUUCCACGGCAAGCCUGGGUUGUGUGAUGACAAUGGUCGCAAAGUUGCUUGCUGCGUGCAUGGCAUGCCAACCUUUCCUCAGUGGCAUAGGCUCUAUGUCCUCCAGGUUGAGAAUGCUUUGCUAGAGAGGGGAUCCGCUGUGUCUGUGCCUUAUUGGGACUGGACUGAAGCAUUUGACAAACUUCCUUCUUUGAUCGCUGAUGCCACCUAUUUCAAUUCCCGCAAACAAUCGUUCAAUCCUAACCCAUUCUUCAGAGGUAAAAUCGGUUUUGAGAAUGCUGUAACAACACGCGAUCCUCAGCCUGAGCUGUACCAAAACAGAUACUAUUAUCAAAACGUCAUGUUGGCUCUGGAACAGGACAACUACUGCGACUUUGAGAUACAAUUUGAGAUGGUUCACAACGUUCUCCAUGCUUGGCUGGGUGGAAGAGCUACUUACUCAAUUUCUUCUCUCGACUAUUCGGCAUUUGACCCAGUAUUCUUCCUUCAUCAUGCAAACACUGACAGAUUGUGGGCAAUCUGGCAGGAGCUACAGAGGUACAGAAAGAAGCCAUACAAUGAAGCUGAUUGUGCCAUUAACCUGAUGCGUAAACCUCUGCGUCCUUUCGACAACCCUGACCUGAAUCAUGAUCCAAUGACCUUCAAAUACUCCAGACCAGCUGAUGGCUUUGACUAUCAGAACCAUUUCGGAUACAAGUAUGACAACCUUGAGUUCAAUCAUUUCAGUAUUCCAAGGCUCGAGGAAAUUAUUCAAAGAAGACAACGUAAAGAUCGUGUGUUUGCAGCGUUCCUCCUUCACAACAUUGGUACAUCUGCAACUGUCGAGAUUUUUGUUUGUGUGACAACCGACAGAGGUGAGCAAAACUGUGAAAACAAAGCUGGAUCAUUUGCUGUACUCGGGGGAGAAACAGAGAUGGCAUUCAAUUUUGACAGGCUCUACAAGUUUGAGAUAAGUGACACUGUUAGGGACCUUGGCCUGCAGCUGGACAGCCACGAUUUUGACCUUAACGUCAAGAUCCAGGGAGUGAAUGGAUCCUACCUUGAUGCCCACAUCCUGCCAGAGCCAUCCUUGAUUUUUGAACCCGGUUCAGGUUCUCAUCUGCGGGCAGAUGGCCAAAUGGAAGAGAUUCUUGUUAGAAAAGAAGUGAACAGUCUGACAGUCAGGGAGACUGCAUCUCUGAUCCAUGCUCUACGGCGUAUGCAGGAGGACCAUUCACCUGAUGGGUUUCAGGCCAUUGCUUCUUUCCAUGCCCUGCCACCACUCUGCCCUUCACCAUCUGCCGCCCACCGGUAUGCAUGCUGUGUCCAUGGUAUGGCUACAUUUCCCCAAUGGCACAGACUCUACACUGUACAGUUCCAGGAUGCAUUGAGAAGGCACGGAGCUAGGACAGGCGUACCUUAUUGGGAUUGGCUGCGACCCCAGAGUCAACUGCCAGAGCUUGUUACCAUGGAGACAUACCAUGAUCCCUGGAGUAAUAAAGACCUUCCAAAUCCUUUCUACAGAGCAAAUAUUGAGUUUGAAGGAGAAGGCAUUACAACCCACAGACAAAUAACACCAGAGAAACUCUUUGUCAAAGGCGGGCACAUCUUUGAUAACUGGUUUUUCAAACAAGCCAUCCUAGCGCUAGAGCAGGAGAAUUACUGUGACUUUGAGAUUCAGUUUGAGAUUCUUCACAAUGGUGUUCACACCUGGGUUGGAGGCAAUGAAACAUACUCUCUUGGACAUCUUCAUUACGCAUCAUAUGACCCUCUCUUCUACCUCCACCACUCCCAGACAGACCGUAUCUGGGCAAUCUGGCAAGAACUCCAGAUACAGAGAGGUCUCUCAGGAGAUGAGGCUCACUGUGCCCUCGAGCAAAUGAGAGAACCACUGAAGCCUUUCAGCUUCGGCGCUCCUUACAACUUGAACCAACUAACCUAUGAUUUCUCCAGACCAGAAGAUACGUUUGACUACAAGAAGUUUGGUUAUGAGUAUGACAAUCUGGAAUUUCUGGGCAUGUCAAUUUCUGAACUGGAUCAAUACAUUAUUGAACAUCAAGAAGAUGAUAGAGUCCUUGCUGGAUUUUUGUUAAGUGGAUUUGGAGAUUCUGCAUCAGUAGAUUUCCAGGUAUGCAGACCUGACUCCACGUGUCAGGAUGCUGGGUACUUCACUGUUCUUGGUGGCAGUGCCGAGAUGGCGUGGACCUUUGACAGGCUGUUCAAAUAUGACAUUACUGAUACUCUAGAGAAAAUGCACCUUAGAUAUGAUGAUCCUUUCACAAUCUCUCACACUCUGACUGCCAACAAUGGAACAGUUCUAAGAAGUAGUCUGAUCCCAACACCAAGUGUCAUCUUCCAGCGUGGACACCGUGACAUAAAUACCAAAAUCAUGUCACCUAACCGUGUCCGCCAUGAGUUGACUCAUCUGUCCGCGAGGGAUCUGUCUAGUCUGAAAUCUGCCCUGAGAGACCUACAAAAUGAUGAUGGCCCCAAUGGCUACCAGGCGCUGGCAGCUUUCCACGGUCUACCAGCAGGUUGUCAUGAUAGUCAAGGACAUGAGAUUGCCUGCUGUAUUCAUGGAAUGCCAACGUUCCCCCAGUGGCACAGACUGUACACCCUGCAGAUGGAGCAGGCUCUCAGGCAGCAUGGAUCCUCCGUCGCCAUUCCCUACUGGGACUGGACAAAGCCUAUCUCCGAACUGCCCGAUCUGUUCACCAGCCCUGAGUAUUAUGAUCCAUGGCAUGAUGCUGUUGUAAACAACCCAUUCUCCAAAGGUUUUGUCAAAUUUGCAAAUACAUACACGGUCAGAGAUACCCAAGAUUUGCUGUUCGAUCUCGUUCAAAAUGGAGAAACAGUUCUCUUUGACCAAACUCUUCUUGUUCUUGAACAAACCGACUACUGUGAUUUUGAAGUACAAUUUGAGGUUCUCCAUAACGUCAUCCACUACCUCGUUGGAGGACGUCAGACUUACGCCUUGUCUUCUCUUCACUAUGCAUCAUACGACCCACUCUUCUUUAUACACCACUCCUUUGUGGAUAAGAUUUGGGUUGUUUGGCAAGCUCUUCAAAAGAGGAGGAAACUUCCAUACAAGCGAGCUGGCUGCGCUGUUAACCUCAUGACGAAACCAAUGAGGCCAUUUGACUCCGAUAUGAAUCAUAACAUCUUUACCAAGAUACAUGCAGUUCCAAACACACUCUAUGACUACGAGAAGCUGUAUUACAGCUACGAUAACCUCGAACUAGGUGGAAGGAAUCUAGACCAGCUGCAGGCUGAAAUUGAUAGAAGGAGAAGCCACGCUCGAGUUUUUGCUGGUUUCUUGCUCCAUGGAAUCGGAACUUCUGCUGAUGUCCGGUUCUGGAUCUGUAGAAACGAAAAUGACUGCCACAGGGCUGGAAUAAUCUUCAUCUUGGGUGGAGCCAAGGAAAUGCCAUGGUCCUUUGACAGAAACUUCAAGUUCGAUAUCACCAAUGUCCUCAAGAAAGCCAACAUCGACCCAGAGGAAGUGUUUGAUGCAGAAGAACCAUUUUAUAUCAAGGUUGAAAUCCAUGCUGUCAACAAGACUAUGAUACCAUCAUCUGUAAUCCCAGCCCCAACCAUCAUCUACUCAGAUGGGGAAGGACACGCAGUUGACAGUGCCCAGUCUGCUAACAUCGCUGGCUCCGGAGUAAGGAAGGAUGUCACAACCCUCACUGUAUCUGAGACUGAGAACCUGAGACACGCCCUUCAAGCUGUCAUCGAUGACAGUGGUCCCAAUGGUUACCAAGCUAUAGCAUCUUUCCACGGAAGUCCUGCAAUGUGCGAGAUGAACGGUCACAAGGUUGCGUGCUGUGCUCACGGUAUGGCUUCUUUCCCCCACUGGCAUAGACUGUAUGUGAAACAGAUGGAGGAUGCUCUGGCUGCUCACGGAUCCCAUAUCGGAAUCCCAUACUGGGACUGGACAACUGCCUUCACGGAAUUACCCGCCCUUGUCACAGACUCAAAUAACAAUCCCUUCCACGAUGGACACAUUGAUCAUCUAGGAGUAACCACAUCCCGUUCUCCAAGAGACAUGCUGUUUAACGAUCCAGAACAGGGAUCAGAGUCCUUUUUCUACAGACAAGUCCUCCUGGCUUUGGAACAGACCGACUACUGCCAGUUUGAGGUCCAGUUUGAGCUGACCCACAACGCUAUUCACUCAUGGACAGGUGGACGUAGUCCUUAUGGAAUGUCUACUCUGGAGUUCACUGCCUACGAUCCUCUCUUCUGGCUUCACCACUCCAACACCGACAGAAUCUGGGCUGUCUGGCAAGCACUACAGAAAUACAGAGGUCUCCCGUACAACGAAGCACACUGCGAAAUCCAGGUUCUGAAACAGCCUUUGAGACCCUUCAGCGAUGCCAUCAACCACAAUCCUAUCACAAAGGCUAAUGCCAGGGCUAUCGAUUCAUUUGAUUAUGAGAGGUUUAACUAUCAGUACGACACUCUUAGCUUCCAUGGUCAUAGCAUCCCUGAACUGAAUGACCUUCUUGAAGCAAGGAAGAGAGAAGAGAGGACAUUUGCUGCCUUCCUUCUCCGUGGAAUCAAAUGCAGUGCUGAUGUUGUCUUUGACAUCUGCCGACCCAAUGGUGACUGUGUCUUUGCAGGAACAUUUGCAGUCCUUGGAGGCGAACUGGAAAUGCCCUGGUCCUUCGACAGACUGUUCCGCUAUGAUAUCACCAAAGUCAUGAAUCAGCUUCAUCUCCAAUAUGAUUCAGAUUUCAGUUUGAAGGUGAAGCUUGUCGCCACCAAUGGCACUGAGCUUUCAUCGGACCUCCUCAAGCCACCAACUAUUGAACAUGACCGUGGAAUGUCUAGAGGACCAGUUGAAGAAACAGAAGUCACCCACCAACAUACAGAUGGCCAUGUACACUACCAUCGUAAGGAGGUCGACUCUCUGUCCCUUGAUGAAGCCAACAACUUGAAGAAUGCUCUCUACAAGCUACAGAACGAUCGCAGCCUCAGCGGAUAUGAAGCAAUCUCUGGUUACCACGGAUACCCAAGUCUUUGUCCUGCAGAAGGAGAUGACAAAUACCCAUGCUGUGUCCACGGCAUGGCCAUCUUCCCCCACUGGCACAGACUCCUAACGAUCCAACUGGAGAGAGCUCUCAAGAGCCAAGGUGCACUCCUUGGUGUACCUUACUGGGACUGGACCAAGGACCUGUCUACUCUGCCAGCAUUCUUCUCCGACGCCAGCAACAACAAUCCCUUCUACAAGUACCACAUUACAGGUGUUGGACAUGACACCGUAAGAGAGCCAAAUGAUCUUCUGUUCAACCAGCCCAAGUUCCAUGGUUACGAUUACCUUUAUUACCUAGCUUUGACCACGCUGGAAGAAAAUAACUACUGUGACUUUGAGGUUCAAUACGAGAUUCUCCACAACGCUGUCCACUCUUGGUUAGGUGGAACCCAGAAGUAUUCAAUGUCCACCCUGGAAUACUCUGCCUUUGACCCUGUCUUCAUGAUCCUUCACUCAGGUCUCGACAGGCUCUGGAUAAUCUGGCAGGAGCUUCAGAAGCUGAGGAGGAAGCCAUACAACUUUGCUAACUGUGCCCUUCAUAUGAUGGAUGAACCACUCGCCCCCUUCAGCUAUCCUUCUGUCAACCAGGACGAGUUCACUCGUGCCAACUCCAAACCUUCUACAGUCUUUGACAGCCAUAAAUUCGGCUACCAUUACGACAACCUGAAUGUCAGAGGUCACAACAUUCAAGAACUCAACACAAUCAUCAACAAUUUGAGAAACACAGCCAGAAUCUAUGCAGGAUUUGUUCUGUCCGGCAUCGAGACGUCUGCUAGUGUGAAAAUCUACCUCCGGACCAAUGACAAAGAUGAAGAAGUUGGAACUUUUACUGUCCUGGGAGGAGAAAGAGAGAUGCCAUGGGCCUAUGAGAGAGUGUUCAAGUACGACAUCACAGAGGUUGCAGAACGACUCGGAUUAGGCUAUGGGGACACCUUUAACUUCCGACUGGAGAUCACAUCCUACGAUGGAGUGGAGAUCACAAAGACCCUACCCAAUCCUUUCAUCAUCUACAGACCUGCCAGUCAUGAUUACGAUGUCCUGGUCAUCCCCGUAGGAAGCAACCUCCACAUCCCCCCUAAGGUCGUUGUCAAAAGAGGCACACGGAUCGAGUUCCACCCAGUCGAUGAAUCAGUUAGCAAACCAGUUGUGGAUCUUGGAAGCUACACCGCGCUCUUCAACUGUGUGGUACCACCCUUCACAUACCACGGAUUCGAAUUGAACCACGUCUAUUCUGUCAAACCUGGUGACUACUAUGUAACUGGACCCACAAGGGAGCUAUGCCAGAAUGCAGAUGUCAGGAUUCAUAUUCAUGUUGAGGAUGAGUAAAUAAAAAGGUAUCCUGGUCUCAACAUCUCCACAUAUCAGCAUCUGAUGGUUUCAAGGGACAUAGUGGUCCUUGUCUGGCAGUCCAUUUCAAUUCAACAUCAAAAACAACAGCAGCAUUUCUUUACAAUGUGUUUCAAAAGUGUUGGUGAAAUAUUGAAAUGUGCUAAGGACUGAAUUAUUGUACAUACAUAACUUAUUGUAUAGAGAUAUUCAAUAAAUAAAUGUCAAAAUGUAAA